AUGGCUGAAGUACCAAGAGGGUUGAAAAAUCCAAAAACAACCACAAAAUUUGCUGCAGAAGUUGGAGAAUCAACUACUGAACAUGUUACUCGUUAUUUGGUCGAGAUCGGGAAUCUAGCUAAUGAUGAAAAUUUGAAAAUGAAAUUUUUUCCUUCGUCAUUGACGAAGAAUGCAUUUACUUGGUUUUCGAAUCUUAGACCAAAUUCGAUCACAACAUGGAAUAAGUUAGAAACUACUUUUCAUGCUCAGUUUUAUCGAGGGAAAAUGAAUGUAGCAGUUACUGACCUAGUGGCUUUAAAACGUAAAGAUGGUGAGACCAUCGAUGAUUAUUUAAUACGUUUCAAAAAUGCUAGAAGUAGAUGCUACGUGACAUUACCUGAAAGUGAGAUAGUGAAAAUAGCGACCAUGGGGUUGGGAUUCUAUAUGCGCAGGAAAUUGCUUAAUGUGCAUAUUCCUGAUCUAGCUCAUUUGGCUAAAAAGGUUUGGCAGACCGAGCUUAUGAAAAAGGAGAAAGAAAAAUAUAGAAAUGAACAAAGGUCGAAGAGUAAACUGUUUACUCGAAAAGAAAAGGUUGCCUAUGUAACCAUGGAAUCCUCAGAGGAGGAAUUUGAUUUCGAAACAGAAGUUGAUUUGACUGAACUUAAAAAAGGUCUUCCGUAUGUUUGCCCUUUACUGAAAAAACUUUCUAGUAGUGAAAAGUCGAAUAAUUCAAAACUUAAAAGUGGGAAGAAAUAUAGUUUUGAUAUCUCGAAAUCUGAUCAGAUUUUUGAUGUGUUGCUUAAAGAUAAACAAUUAGUUUUGCCUGAGGGUAGAACUUUACUUUCCGUAAAAGAUUUGAAAGGAAAACCUUACUGUAAAUUUCAUCAAGCAACAAGUCAUUCGACUAACAGUUGUGUCCAUUUCAGAGAUUUGAUUCAAGAAGCAAUCAUGGAAGGAUGA